AUAAGUAAACAAGUUCAGGACAUAAAUUUAUACGCAGAAUGCGCGAAAUAGUGUUUUUUCCUUUAUAAAAUAGUGUUUUAUCCAGUGAAUUUUCACAGAGAAUAAGUGAAAAUGUCACUUUCUUCGGAUGACGAAGUGAUUCCUCCGAGUCCCUCGCCCAAGAGGAUGAAGAGGAGGAACUACAGGAAGUCCCUGGCCAGCACGCCAAGCAAUCCCACAGAACUGCGUGUCUUGCGCAGUCUGACUUCAGCUCACAACGAGAUUCUGUCACAGAGAAUCAGUGCAGAUGCUCUGGAUGAUAAACCACGAGAUUCCCUGACUUACUUCAGUUCCCAGCCGACAAAAAUUGAAGCGAGGAUGGGCGUUGACUUCCUGAAAGACCUCUACGGCUCGGCAAGUGAGCAGGAAGCGGAGACAUCAGACCCUGUCCAGCCCGCUCUGUCUGUGUACACUUUCCCGGAAGUUUACAAUGUGAGGCAGCCGCAGAAAGUGCCUUCGAAUGGCGAUAAGAUCCCGGAUUUCGCUCCUCUGUCGCAAUUGAUGGACGCUAAGCAUGUACCUGAACCUGUUGCCGGCCCGAGUGGCUGCCAGAAGCCUGUCGGAGAGACGCAGAUGCUGCUUUACGACGGCGCUGAUCAUAUUUUCUGGGAUAUUCCCAGUCAAGUCAUCGGUCCGGACAGGAAGAGGCCAAAGUUGGAGGAGAGACAAGAGGAAGGCGCUCCAAAUUCACCAGAUAUUCUGUGUCUGGAGUCCGAGGUGAAUUUGCCGGAGAUUCCAGUGCCUGAAGAGGAGAUUUUGGGAGAUUCUCCAGUCAUAAAAGGCAAUAUUGAUGCUCUAAGUCAGACUUUGGAUGGGAGUUUAGUGAGUUCAACGCAGAAACCUCUGUUCUCGGCACGGAAGAAGGACUUUGUGAACGUCCAGCUGGUCAGGAAGAGCUUCACAGACUUCCGGGAGGCGGAGAAUCCGCCCACAACUCCAAUUUGUCGGGACAAGCAAGUGUCAGCGCCCAAAAGACUGUUCAGGGACGCUUUUGAGACUUCUAAUGAGCCGCAAAUGCCAGAAGUGAGCUUCGGAGGUUUCCAGAUGGCCAACAUGAACAAGAUUAAGAUCUCCGACGAGACAAUGAAGAGAGUUCAGAACAUGUUUGGCGACAUUACGGGUCCAAUGGCUUUUGACGGUCCGGGCUUCCAAACGGCCAACUUCAGGACUCCUCAAGCUCAACCUGUGCAGCGGGAAUCUUCCGUGAACUCCCAGAUAAGCUUCCUGCAUGACAUGGACACUGAGACGUUCCUCAAAGAGUUCGACGACAACGCAUUUUUCACUCAGAUGGAACAGUUGAAAUCGCCAGUGAUGCGCGCAGAGGAAUUUCACCUUCCGGAGGCAGUGAAGCUGGCCAGGGAAGAGGCAAUAAGGCUUCAGGAGUGCAGUGUCAAAGAGAAGCCCGAGAACUACUCGGAAAACUUCAAGACGCCGGAGAUUGAGAAGAAACUCAAGUCGGGAAGGCGAAAACUGUGUGAUUUUGUGGGUGAAGAGCUUCCAAGGAAAUCCUCCGGAGGCAUUAAUUGGGAGAAUAGUCUUGAGCUGGACUUUGAGAGCUCAAACGCGGUGCAUUUGCAAUUCGAUCACUUCACUGUGAUUCCCAAUCUGCGGAAUAGAAUAGGAUUUCCUGAACUUCGACGGGCUUUUGAAGCUUCCAAAGGCGUGAAUCCCCAUCAAAUACCUUCGGGAUGGACGGAAAAUGCCUGGAAAUUCAUCACAAUUAAGCUGUCGGCGAUGGAAAAGGCAUUUCCUGACUUCUUCAGCGGACAACUGCUCAAUCCGGGAAACAUUCUGCGACAGCUGCACUACAGAUACUUCAGGGAGAUCGUUCUGGGCCACAGUUCUGCCCUCAAGAAGAUCACAGAACACGAAGAACCCGCCAACAAGACGCUGGUUGUGUUUGUUCUGGAAGUGAAGAGCGAAUCAGUGAUUGUGCUGAGCGACGGAUGGUACAAAAUCACUGGGAAACUCGAUGCAAUGCUGACGAAGAUGGUGAAGUGGAGAAGAAUCAGCGCUGGCACGAAGCUGAUCACUCAGGGAUGCAAACUGGUGAAUUGCGAUGAACCUCAGGCGCCUCUCGCGGCAUCGGCGACGCUGGAACUGCACGGAAAUGCGACCAGGCGGUGUCGAUGGGACACAAUGUUGGGCUUCCAGCGGCAGCUUCAGCCACAGUGCUUCCAUCUGGAUAGCAUUCACUUCAACGGCGGCUUCAUUCCGCGCAUUCGCGUCUGCAUUCUGCGCGUUUAUCCGCCAGUCUUAAUCGAGAGUCUGCGGAACAGUUCUGUGGUGCGAUCUGAGCGGAUGGAGAAGCGCCACAGCUCGCAACUGUCCAGCAAGAGUUUCAGCAACUUCGAGGCGGUGUUCAAUGAGAUGCAGGAGGAAUGCGCCAAGCAGAGCAGUCACCAGAGCUUCUCCAUUCGGAACAUCACCAACAUUUCCGGCAUUCGCGACCCGGAGCAGCUCAUCGACAUCUUCAACACGUCCUACGAUCCCGAGAGCGUGGAGAACGAGAUGACAGCGAGCCAGAAGGCGAUACUGCGCGAGCACCAGCAGAAGCAGCAGGAGAAGCGCGACCGCGAGAUCGUGGAGGUGAUCAGGAAGAGGAUCAGACAGCAGCGCCUGCAGAGGCGCGUGCAGAAGCUGCUGCAGCUGCGCAUCGUGGACGCCGAGAGGCCGGACAUGAGUGCCAUGCUGAACUUCUGGACACCGCCGGAAGAGUUGAACUUCAAGGAGGGCGAUUUCUACGAGUUCAGCAACUGCAGAGCGCGCGAAGUGCGCAACGAGGUGACGUUCAUCGACGGGCCGCCAGCUGAGGAACAGGAUCAGAACAUCCGGAAGCUGGAUGGCAAUUUAUUCACAAGUCCUCCAGAUCGAUAUACUCGGCGAAUCACACCGUUCUCGGAAUUGCCGACAAGAGUGCGGCCGGAUUUCAAUGAAUUCGACGUGGUUGGCAUCGUGGUGGCGAUCGAGGUGUGUCGGCCGAGGCAGAAUCUCGAGCACGUGGUGCUGGCGGACGCGGAGAAGAACCUGAUCCGCGUGUUCUGCUGGAAGGGACUUUCGCACUUUGCCUUCGACGACAUCGUGCAGCCGCGCGCCAUUCUGUGCUUCAGCAACCUCAACCAGCGCCUGUCCACGAGUCUGCCCGUGCUGGCGGUGUCCGAGGCCACGGUGAUCACACGCAAUCCCAAGCUGCCGGCGUACCAGGGGGCGCUGGAGGAGCUGCGCCAGGCGCUGAGCCUGUGCGAUGUGGAGGCGUUCAUCGCCGCGUGCCAGCAAAAGCUGUGAUGCUGCCAAUAAACGGCUGAGAAAUUGCACUGUGUGAUAAUUGAGAACGCUCUUCGAUUUCCCGGCCGUUCGUCACGCGCGCGUCUCGGUGGCAAAUGAGGAAGUGUGUGAGUGCGAAAAUAUGAGACUCU